ACACAUACACAUACACAUACACAUACACACAUACAUAUGGCCGGUAGAGAGGAUAGCAGGAUACAGCUGACAGGGGCGGCACUCUCGGGUUUGCUCUUUGCCGCCGUGGCCGCCUCGGGCGGACCCAUGGCGCCGGUGGAGGGCCUGCUCUUUGGCUCGCGGACGGUCCGAUCGGCUACGGCGCUUACGGACGACACCACGGCGGCACAAGUGACAGCAGGCGAGUCAACGCUUAGUCUGGCAACGACUACCGUGGCCUCUGUUCUUCCGACCGGUUCCUCGCUCUCCUUUUAUCGCCCCUCGGGCGCCAUCGAUGGCAACGCACUCGAAGACGCACGCGCCGCACGGACAGAGGCAUCGCCUGGUCUGUGUUGUGUCGGCUGGUGGCGCGCGCGCAAGGGCCUUCCGCUCACCCCCACCCUACGCGAGACUGCCGUCCUUGCGGGCCUCGCUCAGGAGCUCGACUCGGACGCUCCGCCGCCGCUGCUGGUCCUGCUGCGAACUGCCGCAUCGGCCGCCAUCCAUGACGUCUCCUAUGCCGUCUACUCGCUCGAUCCGGCAACCGGCACCCCAGUCAUGGUCCGUGCACCUGUCACUAACCUUGUUGACUCUUCCAACGCAGAGUACGCAGCGCUGAGCGCGUCGUCGCUCUUCCCACGCGAUGCAGGCGUUGCAGGUGCCCUCGCUGCCGCCACCGCCCCGCUCGCUGCCUCGGCUGAAGCUUCGGAGACCCUCUUUUCCUCGGUCCUCCGCCAUGUUGCCUCGCUCUCUGAUGACCUUGUUGCCACCCAUGCCUCCAUCGCUGCUGUCCAGGCCGAGAUCCGCGCUUUGGAAGCAGCCGCCACCCCGCCCACAGCCACCCCGCCCCCCGCAGGCCCACCCCCCGCAGGCCCGCCCCCCGCAGGCCCGCCCCCCGCAGGCCCGCCUCCAUCGUACAGCACAUAG